AUGGAUAAGCUGUCACCAGAAGAAAUUCAGCUGAGGGCUCACCAAGUUACUGAUGAGUCUCUGGAAAGUAGGAGGAGAAUCCUGGGUUUAGCCAUUGAGUCUCAGGAUGCAGGAAUCAAGACCAUAACUCUACUGGAUGAGCAGGGGGAACAAUUAAACCACAUAGAAGGCAUGGACCAAAUAAAUAAAGACAUGAGAGAUGCUGAGAAGACUUUGACAGAACCCAACAAGUGCUGUGGACUCUGCAUAUGCCCUUGUAAUCGAACAAAGAACUUUGAGUCUGGAAAGGCCUAUAUGGCAAUGUGGGGAGAUGGUGGAGGCAAUUCACCUAACAGUGUUGUUUUGAAGCAACCAGGCUGA